ACCGAAAGCAAUCAUUAAUAAAAUAAAAUAAAUGAAUUAACUUCUCAGAUUCUUCAAAGACCUAGAGUGUCUUCGUCUUCGACGACGGCAAAUUCGUGGAAGCUGUUUCAUCGAUUCCGGCUUCACUGAAGCGGCGUCGCUCGACGUUUAUUAUUCCGACGACUAGGCCUUUGAGGCAGUUUCUGAUUAACUUCAGGCGAUAAUGGCAAACAGAACAGAUCCGUUGGCAAAGAAUAUAAGAGGAACGAAUCCGCAGAAUCUGGUAGAGAAGAUUGUGCGAACGAAGAUUUAUCAGCACACCUUUUGGAAGGAGCAGUGCUUUGGUCUCACGGCGGAGACAUUGGUGGACAAAGCUAUGGAGCUCGACCAUCUAGGUGGUACCUUUGGUGGUAGCCGCAAGCCUACUCCGUUCCUUUGCCUCAUAUUGAAGAUGCUUCAAAUCCAGCCUGAGAAGGAAAUUGUCGUGGAGUUCAUAAAAAAUGAUGACUACAAAUAUGUUCGUAUUCUUGGUGCGUUCUAUCUGCGUCUCACUGGGACUGAUGUUGAUGUCUAUCGCUACCUCGAACCUCUCUACAAUGACUACCGGAAAGUGAGACAAAAGUUAUCUGAUGGGAAGUUUUCGCUGACACAUGUGGACGAAGUCAUUGAGGAACUUCUAACCAAGGAUUAUUCUUGUGAUAUUGCAAUGCCACGUUUGAAGAAAAGGUGGACGCUUGAACAGAAUGGUUUAUUAGAGCCAAGGAAAAGUGUUUUGGAAGACGACUUUGAAGAAGAGGAAGAAAAGGAGGAGAAUGAAGGGAUUGCUGAUGGAUCUGAAGAUGAGAUGGAUCAGCGCCGUAAGAGUCCUGAAAGAGAAAGAGAAAGAGACAGAGACAGGAGACGCGACAGUCAUAGACACAGGGAUCGUGAUUAUGACAGAGACUAUGAUAUGGAUCGAGAUCAUGACAGAGACUAUGAAAGAGAACGUGGGCAUGGUCGAGACCGGGAUAGGGAGAGAGACAGGGAUCACUAUAGAGAGCGAGAUAGGGACAGGGAAAGAGGCAGAGAUAGAGAACGAGACAGAAGAGACAGGGCAAGGCGCAGAAGUAGAAGCAGGAGUAGGGAUCGUAAGAGACAUGAAACUGAUGAUGUGCGGGAUCGGGAAGAACCUAAGAAAAAGAAAGAAAAGAAGGAGAAGAUGAAGGAAGAUGGAACCGAUCAUCCAAAUCCUGAAAUUGCAGAGAUGAAUAGACUGAGAGCAUCACUGGGAAUGAAACCCCUCAGGGACUGAACUGUGAAAUGAGGACAUCUUUAUCAAACCGAAACUUGGUUCAUUUGCCCAGCUAAACCGGUUACUACACUGUGAUCCUACUCACUAUAGUUUUGGUUUUUUUGAGUUUACCUGAUCCCUCUUUAAUGUAGAACAAAAUGGAGAAUCUGUAAUGGCAUUGUACUGUAUGUUCUCUAAACCGUAAACGAAUUGUGGUCGAGAAAUUCUGAAUGUAACCCGGUUCUUGAUAUUAGUUGUUUUUAAGGUAAUUCAGAUAAAUAUAAAAACCUAUAUGUUAUGUCUACGUGGCGAUAUCACUUUAU